AUGACAGACAAUGGCGGCCAUCCUUCCAACCGCCAGACGCCUUAUCCCGUAACUCCCGACCUUUCUCGGACAGGAUCCGGUCCCAAGAACGGCAGUCCGAGUCUAUCGCCGAGGACGCCUCAUUUUGAUCCUCCUCCAACAACAGAAGCAUAUGGAGAACGAGCACAAACAUAUGCAGGUUCAUAUCAAGCUCCAUCUCCGCCGCAACCCCUCUACGCCGAACAUGGCGGACAGAAUUUCCGCAACUCGCCAAUGCCAUCUGCCCCGAACCAAGGCCGCGCCCGAGCCAGUGUGCCCAACCCACCACCGCCAAAUCGCAUGGACCGGACAGCAUCGUUUGCAGCGCGGACAGAUGCAGGAGCUUCACUACCGCGGCAACCAUCCUACGACCAGCGGAACGCGGCAUAUGCCCAUUACCACCCCUAUUCCUAUCCACCUCCUCCUCCUCCUCCACCGCCGCCUCCGCCUCCACAGAACUUCCACCAACAGGUACCACCGGAGUUCACAUAUCGAUACGCCUACGAUGGCCGCUACGACAAUCCCGCUUACUCGGUCCCGAACCACAGCAACAAUAUCCCCGACCCCUACCGAGACCAAAGCCACAUGAGAUCAGGUCACAUCCAUCAACAAAGAUACGACCGUCGAGCCCGCCGCUCCUCCUCCUCCUCCUCCCUCAGCAGCCGGUCCUCCUCCUCCUCCCGCGAACGGCCCCGCCACCAUCGAUCCUCGCGCAAUCUAAAAGACCCCUCCCGGGACGAAGACCAACCCCGCGCCCGGCGCUCCCACCGACACCUGCGCCGGGACAGCGGCAGCAGCAACGGCCACGGCCACGGCCACGGACGCGACUAUCUCGGCGGGACGUCCUCCGGCGACCGCGGGCACCACGGCGCGAUGCUCGGCGGGGCCAGCGGCGCGCUCCUCGGGCACGAGCUCGGCGGCGAGGACCUCAUCACGACGCUGGGCGCGAUGUUCGUGGGCACGGUCGCGGGCUGGAGCGCGGAGAAAUUCCUAAGCCAUCGGAGGUCGAAGCUGGAAAUGAGGGAGAAGGAGCAUCACCAUCAUCAUCUUUCUUCUUCCGGCAGCCGGCAUUUCCGCGGUGAAAGGGGUGGCGAAGGACGAUAUGGGGAAAGGGAGAGGGAGGGGGAGGGGGAGGGCAGUCGCCAUCAUCAUCAUCAUCAUUCUUCUUCUUCACACCACCAUCAGCGUGGAAACGAUCGCGAUCGGGACCACCGGGAUCAUGACCGCGAAGCAGCAGACGACGCCCGACAACCACGCCCGCGGAGCAGCAGCCUCCAUCACAAUCGUCAUCGAUCCCAGCCCCGGUGGAACGAAGAAGGAGACCACCGAGCAAGCGGCCGGAGACGGACGACGACGACGACGCCCGCACCGCGCGACCCCGACCCUCCUCCCGGACCAGACAUGCAACACCCCCCUCUGCGACGGGAGAGGAGCGUGCGGUUCAACGACGAGACGUCCUCGGUCGCACGGCGGCGCAGGAAAAGCCGGCAGAGGAGCCGCCAUCGGAGCCGAAGGCGAGGAGGGGGGUGGAGCAGCGACGAGGACUUCUGA